UCUUUAAAUGCUAAAGGUUCCAAUAAUUCUGUUUUCACAUACAUUCCCCAUACUUAAUUCAGGUAUGUUCUUGACGAAGAGCACUGUGGUUUACACAUUAACCUUCACUGCUGCAAUUUAACAAUGUGUCCCAAAUUUGAGACAUAGCUAAUCUCUAUGUGUAUGAGCUCCAUGCUCACUCUACGUCAUAUGUACUACUACCCUUACAUCUGCAGUUAGAAACAUACCAAUAUUGAUCCCUUGGUCAAAAACUAGGGAGACUAAUAAUAUUCUGAUUAUUAUUAGAAACUAUGACAAUGAAUUCUGUCUGGUGAUAAUAUUGUAUGCAUUAUUGCAUCACCUGAUAGAUGCAGUAGCCUAAUCACAAUUUCUACCAUUUGUGAAAUUGUGAUGUUUUGAUGUCUGUUGAUACAGAGGAACAAUGCAGUACUGUAAAAAAAUGUUAUCUUUUACGUUUUUCCUCAGUUUCAUCUUUGUUUCAAGAUAUGUGUUUAAUUGUGUGAUUUACUUAAUUUAUAUGCUGGCCAUUUUUCUUUCAUAUUUUUAUUUUCAAGUUUGAAUAAAUAUCAAUCAUUCAUAUUCUCUCGUUUUGUAUUGUGCCCCCGAGAUAAUAGUAAUUUUGUUUGACGGAAAUGUGUGAAUAAAUGAAGGGACGGUACUAAUUCAUAGGUAUUGUCACAUGGAAUAUUACACACAAUUUAUUGAGCACCCAAACAAGUUGGAAAAUAAGCUCUUAUUUUCAUUAAAACUUGCAACAAUGUGAUUUUACUAGAUUCGAAUGAAAUUAACUACUUAUGUUCGUUUCAUUAAAGUCAUCGGACGAAGUGUUGACUGGAGAGAAAGGCGUGUAGUUACAAUGUAUCAUCCUCAGACUUGUAUCAACGAUUGUAUUUUGUUGCUUCCGCUCUGUUCGGUCAGGUUACUUUUGUAGCACUAAGCGCGUGGAAUGUAUAUACAUUUCAUUGCUGCUCUGGGGUAGAGAAUCGUUCUCUUCAAGGCUGUAGGCCUCAUAAUGCCUCGGUCUAUAGUCGCUCUGUGAAUCGGUCAAGCCUCGCUCAAUAUCCAGGACAUUGGAAUUGUGAGCUCCGAAGAGCACGAGCGACGAUACACUGUAGACUAAAAGCAUAGAGUCUAUGAAUUCACUGUGGGGUAGGCUGGAGACAUGCACUCACCAUCAAGGAAGGACUUUGUGUCUUUAACCUUCACUGGAAGUGGCAACUAUAACAGCAAACAGUGGAAAAGACAGUCCUGCUGGAGGAAAUGGAAACAGUUAUCCAGAUUGCAGCGCAACCUCAUCCUCUUCACCAUGGCUCUCAUGUUAGUUUGUGGGAUUGCCACUUACCCCACUGUCACAGAACACUUCCGAGGCCUUACUGUUGUUGUGAAGGAGGAAGGGGGCCAUGUUCUGAAACCUGUCAUCCCUGAGGUCCUACCUGAGUCGGACAAACAGAACCAACUGCUAGUACCAGAGCCACCUUCAGAGCAGAAGAGGGCACCCGAUAAGCGGGGUCCACCGGGCCUGCAGAACCGUCUGCAGAAGAAAGGCAAUGGGUCAGAUAUCCAGGUGGAGGAGAAUCAGAUACAAGAAGCAAAGAAAGCUGACAUAGAGGAGGGAGAGAAGCCACUUGUUAACAGGCGUGGGGCCUUGAUUGAGGCUGACCAAGCCACCGAAGGAGGAACUGCCAAGGAAGCAGAGAACAAGGUGGAUGUCCCAGCGGUUGAGCAAGAGGACCAUUCACACAAGGAGCCAGAAGUCGAUAGGCUUGAGGCAGUACGAGAUGCUUUCAGACAUGCAUGGAAGGGCUACAAAGAGUUUGCUUGGGGCCAAGAUGAGCUGAGGCCCAUCUCUAAGUCAUAUGGAGAGUGGUUUGGCCUGGGCUUGACCCUGAUUGAUGCACUGGACACCAUGUGGAUCCUCAACCUCAAAGAAGAGUUUGAGGAGGCUAAGACCUGGGUGUCCACGGAGCUCUCCUUCAAUAAGAACGUUGAUGUGAACCUGUUUGAGAGCACCAUCCGUAUCCUGGGCGGCUUGCUGAGCACUUACCAUCUGACUGGAGACACUCUGUUCCUGGACAAGGCUAAAGAUAUAGGAACAAGGUUAAUGCCUGCCUUCAACACCCCAUCCAAGAUCCCUUACUCAGAUGUGAACAUUGGAAAGGGUACGGCCCACCCCCCUCGAUGGACGUCGGACAGCACUGUUGCUGAGGUUACCAGCAUCCAGCUAGAGUUUAGGGAGCUGAGUCGCCUCACUCAGGACACACGCUACCAGGCUGCAGUGGAUGAGGUCAUGCAGAAAGUCCACAAGCUGGAAGGGAAGCAGGACGGCCUGGUGCCAAUGUUCAUCAACACCAACAGUGGUCAGUUCACCCAUCUAGGGGUGUUCACCCUGGGGGCCCGGGCAGACAGCUACUACGAAUAUCUCCUUAAACAGUGGAUACAGGGAGGCAAGAAGGAGACAGAGUUGCUGGAGGAUUACCUGCAGGCCCUGGAGGGAGUGAAGAAGAACCUGCUGAAGAAGUCUUCUCCUAACAGGCUGACCUUCGUAGGGGAGCUGUCCCAUGGUCAGUUCAGCCCCAAAAUGGACCACCUGGUGUGUUUCCUCCCUGGGACCCUGGCUCUUGGGGUCCACCACGGCCUGCCAGCCGACCACAUGGAGCUGGCCAAGCAGCUGAUGGAGACCUGCUACCAGAUGUAUGCCCAGAUGGAGACUGGCCUGAGCCCUGAGAUCGUCCACUUCAACAUGCACGAGGGCAGCAUCAGAGAUGUAGACGUCAAGCUUGCAGACAGACACAACCUCCUUCGCCCUGAGACAGUGGAGAGCCUGUUUUAUCUGUACAGGUUCACUAAGGACAGGAAGUACAGGGACUGGGGCUGGGAGAUCCUCCAGAACUUCAACAAGUACACCAAGGUUUCUACUGGUGGCUACACAUCCAUCAACAACGUCCGGGACCCAGAGUACCCCAGCCCCCGGGACAAGAUGGAGAGCUUCUUCCUGGGGGAGACUCUCAAGUACUUCUACCUGCUGUUCUCAGAUGACCCGGAGCUGGUCAGUCUGGAGAAGUAUGUGUUCAACACAGAGGCCCACCCCCUGCCCAUCUGGCCUUCUGCUGAGUAAGCGACACACCGGCCAAGUCAACAGGACACAUGCAUACAGUAAUACAUCACAGCUCAGGGCUUGGCUAACACCAAGAUAUCUCAUUACUCAUUUUUAUAUAUCUGUGACUCAAGUUUGGGUUGGUUUACCCUCUCCCAACUCGACAACUCUGGAAAAAUGCAUAUAUAAAAAUAAAAAUAAACGGAAUUAAUUGUUCGUUAACAAAUGAUUGUAAUAGCCAUGGGGGAAUGACAGCAGUGUUAGUGUGAGAUUGAGGCAUGGUAGCCUUGCAAUUAUAUAUCUAUUUUUUUGUCUGUUCUCACCACAUUGCUGGUGCGGAGUCUGUCUGUCCUCUGAUAAUGACAGUUGUUUACUCUGAAGGAAGAGUGGAAAACAUGAGAGCCAGCCAAGCUGUGUACUUGGCUCAUCGUGGUUAUGUUGUCCACCAACACUAGAGAAUGAGAUGAGUGUGACUGAACUCCAAGCUGUGUCUUAGUCAGAGGCAGCAGAAGCCUGAGAGGAAGUGGAGGUGCUAGUUUGGCAGAAUACAACUCUACUCUAGGAGACCAGUGACACAAUACUGGGCUUUACAGGAAAUGACAUUGCAUUGGGAUAGAACUUCCUGUGUACCUGGAUCAUGUCACUCUCCAGUCUCUCGAUCACAUUCUUAAGAAAUGGUUUAUAUAAAAAAGUAUUUAAUGUUAAAUCAUGUCAGGCAUAGAACAGUCUGGUUUACUUGCAUACUGUGAACCUUUUUGUGUAUGGGGACUACAAGCACUUAUUGUUGAAUUUCCUUGAGUUUGACUGACUCAGCUGCUAUUAUCUUUAAUGAAUGUUCAGUUUUCUUAUUUUUCCUUAUCAUUUGUCAUCAUUUCCUUUUACGUUGUGUGGCAUCAAACUAGAGCAAGCCAGUGUGGACACUUGGGUAGUUUAGUUAUACAAAUGUAUUUGUGAGAUUAAGCUGAAUUUAGUUCUUAUCAUUUGAAUUGAUUUGUAGUGUAUUGUGGUAUAGUAUAUCUGGAUAGACUGAAUUAAAAUUGUGGUUUAUUCCACAGAAACUGGAGUAGCAGUAGAACUGGGCCCGGUUUCCCAAAAGUAUGUUAAGGCUAAGUUCAUCGUUAUUCAUAGCAGACUUCGAAAAGGCAUUU